AAGCCUUAAGGCCUAAUGAUAUCGAGCUCCUUCAUCUCCCAUAUCGGUGCUUUGACUUCAGCGGUGAAACGUUUCUGCACGAUCCCUUCCAAACGGCCUCUUGGCACAGCUCUCAUCCGCGAGCUUCGAUCUCCGGAGCCCCGUUCCGUCAUCUCAUCGGAGUCGAGGAGCAACCGUCACCCCUCCCGCACCGGCGCGGACGCCAAUCCCGCUAGGAUCUGUGCCGUGGCAGUGUCGAACAGCGCGCAGAUGGACGGCGGCGGGGGCGACCUGCGGAGCACUAUCAAGAAGUGGAACGUCAUCUACCCAGUCUACCUCAACUCCAAGAAGACGGUUGCUGAAGGCCGACGCAUCGCCGCCAGCAAGGCCUGCCCUGACCCCACGUGCAUCGAGAUUGCUGACUGCUGCUCGCACCUCAAGAUCCCCCACGCCAUCGAGCUGGAUAAGGCGUACCCUCGGGAUUUCUUCCAGGUGGGGAGGGUCAGGGUGCAGCUCAAGAAGGAUGACGGCUCCCCUGUCAAUCCUGCUAUUAAAACGAAGAAGCAGCUGAUGAUCCAAAUAGCAGAGCUAGUUCCCAAGCAUCACGGAAGGACAAAGAAGCAGGAAUCAGCGCCCAGUUCUUCAACUGGUGGCAGUUCGAAGAACACAAAAGGUGGGAAAAAGAAAAAGUGAUGGCAGUAUCAUCUUGUUGGGUUUUUCUGUUCAUCCUCGUAUUAAGUUUAUGUGGAAGUUGUGUCCUUCUGAGGCCUGAAAAUCAUUGUGACUUGUGGGAUUUUGAUCCAUUUGAAAAUUUCCAUACACAUCUUUCUUGUAGUCUCCAGAUUCAGAUGUGCUACACCUAAAAAUAUGGUAGCCAUGACAUGGGAUCCAAUUUACUAAUCCAGCUGAGAUGCUUUAUUAAAUUUAAUCAAUAGAAUAGAACUGUUUUUGCA